UGUAUCCUGAGGCUCUCUUCAACUCCAUCACUCUUUGAGCAACCCCAACAAGUGCCUAAAUAGAGAGACAGUCUUAGAAGACUGGAAAGCUUCAUCUAAUGUGUCUCUGUGCUUUCAGGAGUGUGAGGCCACAAGCAGCAGAGCCAACAUUUACAUGAAAUUCCUGGUGCUGCCGACAGCAUGCAAAUCCUGAUGUCACCUGGCGGUAGCUGCUGUGCCCUAGCCAUUCUUCUGGCAGUUGUGGACUUCCAACAUGGUGGAUGCAUGCUUGUCACCAGCUCAGCAUCCCACAAAGAAGGGCAACUGGAAUUCACCUGUACUUUGUGGCACGAGAAAGACGAAGCCGAGGGGCUAAUACUCUUCUGGUGCAAAGACAGGCCUUGGGACUGUUCCCCUGAGACCAGCUUACAACAGCUAAGGGUUAAAAGGAACUCCAGGGCAGAGGGCAUCACUCAACAGUCAUCUCAGUUGGUGCUCACCAUAAAACAAGCCACACCACUAGCCAGUGGGACCUACCAGUGCUGCGCCAGAAGCCAGAAGCCAGAAAUCCACGUUCAUGGUCAUUUUCUCUCUGUUCUAGUCACGGGGAACCACACCGAGAUAACACAGAGACAAAGGCAGCACCCUGGCUUCGGCUAUAUUGAGAGCACCCUCAGUUCCGGCUUCCUGCAAGUCAAGGCCUGUGGGGUACUGGUCGCCAGCCUGGUGGCCCUUCAAGCUCUAUAAACCUUGUGGCAAAAAAGAAACCCUUCAAAAGGUACAGCAAGACAAAUCCGACAAUGCACGCAGAGAAGAAUGGUACAGGGAACGGAUGCUAAGCAGUCCAGGAAUCUGGAGGGCUAGUAAGACGGCGCACACAAGAACAGGGGCUUGCCUGCCAAGCUUCAGCUCAAACUUUUGCGCCCACACAGUGGAAGGACAGAACUGACUCCCACAAGCUGUCCUCUGACCUCCACAGGAGUGCUGUGCCCCAACCCCAAUAAACAGAACCGUUCCAAGGAUCCACAGAGCUUUGGCACACCCUUUUGGGUCUCCCCUCUUACCGCCAGCACAAGCUUGCCUUCUCCCGCCUCAGUGCUAAUAAAAAUAACAUUUUGCAAAUGUGGCUGGUGUGCUGUCCUUAA